AUGAGAACGAGGCAUCUUAACAACAGACUGAUCCGUAUAUUAAAUACUCAACUACCUAAGAUCCAGAAUUUGAGAAAAAGUGUCUGCUUCAGAUAUUACAAACCUGUUAUUUUAACACUUCCGCGAAUGUACUAUCAAUCUUCUUACAAUUGUGAUAAUGUCAUAGAUUUGAGAGAAGCGAUCGGAUGGAAUCGUUUGAAUCUGCAUAUAAUUGGUAUCUGGCCGGAACCAAUGGUGCAACAGGAUCGUCUGGCGGAUUUCCGUGCUUUCGUUGCCAUCUUCUGCACUCUUAUGUUUGUCACCAUAUGGCAAAGCAUAAAUUUGUUCAGAUUGGACGGAGACCUCGGAGAGAUCACGCAGACGUUGACUUUGGCUAACAUUCCAGGCUACAAUGCGGCCAUAAAAAUAUUCGUUGUCUGGUAUCUUCGAGAAGAUCUCAAGCCUCUGAUUAAAUCGUUUUACAACGACUGGUACGCUCCGAAGACUGACGAGGAGAGAACAACAAUGAUGGACAGCGCGAAACUCUCGAAAUACUUAUCCAUCUGGUGUACGAUUUUGACGCAGUGCAUGGUGACCGCCUAUAUCAGCAUCCGGUCGUUCACGAUCGCCGGAAGUAACGCAACCACAGAGCGCCAGGACCAUUUGGUCAUUUAUCCCGGAUACUACCCUUUUGACAUGAGACGAACGCCGGUCAGGAUAACAACGAACGUGGCGCAAGUGAUCGCUGCCUACUGCGCUACCAUCCCGUACACCGGCGUCGACAUUUUCAUAGCUAUGCUAGUGUUGCACACCUGCGGACAGUUCCAGAAUUUGAACCGGAAACUGACAAGGUUAAUGGACGAAGCGGACGGGACCAGAAAAUCUAGCGACAUUCAGAAGGAACUGACUUGGAUCGUCAAGAGACACGAACAUCUGAACUGGACUGGCAUUAAAAUCGGGGAGUGCUUCAGCAUUCUAUUGUUUUUGCAAAUGCUGCUCAGCACCGUCGAAAUAUGUUUUCAGGGAUUCCUAUUUUUCAAUGUGAUACUCAAAGACGAGAACGGCUUUCUAACUUUUCAAAUGUUAUUCUUCAUACUCUUCGUAUUGUUUAUUACAGUGCACAUGUAUGUUUAUUGUUACGUGGGCGAAUUACUUCUUGUUCAACUUCAAUUGAGAAUUACAUGUAGUCAAACAACGCGUACCCAUUCAAUUUCUCUUCUGUAUGAAAAACUACGACAAGUUGAGCAAACUCUGCAACAAAGAAACAUGUUUCAGAGCAGUAGUUUGGGCAUCGCUGCUUACGAAUCUAAAUGGUACAACGUCGCGCCAUCAGACGCAAAGUGCCUUUUAUUUAUCAUUCUAAGAUCCACGCGACCGAUUUAUUUGAAAGCAGGCAAAUUUGGUAUCUUCUCCAUGGAAAUGUUCAGCAGUAUUCUAAGAACAGCGAUGGGUUAUCUGUCAGUUCUUCUCACUAUCUCGGGUGGCGACGAAUGA